AGCGUCUAGUUAACACAGAGGGUUUAAAACUUGUUCUCAUCCAGAAAAUAUAAUAUCAACAGCAACUGAAUGCAUCUUUUCAGGUUUGACAUGGCCAUGGCACAAGCAGGACUUGGAACUCACGAUCUCCUGGCUACGGAGCGAAUGCUCUAUCACUAAGAGACUACAAUAAAUGUGAUAUUAGGAAGAAUGACAUACAGGACUAAUUAGCCGUACCCAGAGAAAUGGAUGGAGACCUAGCUCUGGCUUUAAAACUCCAAGAGGAGUUUUACAGAGAAAACAGGGGCCUAAACAGCAAUAGCCCAUCCACCAGCAAUGGACCACUGUCUCUGGCAGAUCAGAGCUGGGAGUUCAUGGAUCCUAAUCCAGACAUCAGGGCGUUGUUUCUACAGUACAAUGACCGGUUCUUCGGGGGAAGACUAGCUGGGAUAGAAGUCAAAUGGAGUCCAAGAAUGACUCUGUGUGCUGGAUUGUGUGUUUACGAGGGAAGAGGUGGGCUGUGCUCAGUCAGAUUAAGUUUACCUCUCCUAAAGUUGAGGCCAAGACGAGAUCUUGUUCAAACUCUCCUUCAUGAAAUGAUCCAUGCCUAUCUAUUUGUGACAGAUAACAAUAAAGAUCAUGAUGGUCAUGGACCUGAAUUUCACAAACAUAUGUACCGCAUCAACAAAGAGGCAGGGGUGAACAUUACAGUAUACCAUACAUUCCAUGAUGAAGUGGCAGAGUACAGACAGCAUUGGUGGAGGUGCGAUGGUCCAUGUCAAAAUCGGAAGCCAUACUUUGGUUUUGUGAAGCGAGCCAUGAACCGACCUCCAGGACCUAGAGAUCCUUGGUUCAGAGACCACCAGAACUCCUGUAAUGGGACAUUUAUUAAGGUGAAGGAACCGGAGAAUUAUGGGAAGAAAAAGAAGAAAGAGGAUGUCAAACUGGGAAAGGCGAUAGAUAAAUCAGCAAGCCCAAACAAAGACAUUAGAACUUUCUUUGGAAAAGGACAUUUAUUAUCCAGUAGAAACAGUUCUGAAGAAUCUCAAACUAAAGCAAGCCCUGUUAAGGAUGCACCAGGAAAAGCUGCAACAAAUUCAAAGAACCCACCAAAAUUUUAUGAUACAGAUUCUGAUGAUGAACUUGAUGUUAAGGAUCCCGAAAAGAAACUGACAAAAGAUAGAAACAAUGAUUUUGACAUCAGUUUUGGUCAAAAAGACCUGCCAGAGGCCAUUUUGAAAGAUUUGUUGUCAGAUUCUGAUGAUGAACUGUUGUGUGAUGCUAUGGAAAAUUAUUCAGGUUCAAAAACCAGUGAUUCCAUUUCAAGAAAUACAGCACAACCAAAAGAUGUAGAAAUAUGUGAUAUAUCCAGCAAGUCUUCCCUUUCUAUGCCUUCGACUUCCAAGUGCAACGAAAAUUCAAUGAAUGAUGUUCAAAAUAAACUCAGGGAAGUUUGGGGUCAAAAGUUUGAAAACCUUGUGAAAAAUAAGACACAGGGUAAAUCAGCAAUCAAAAGGUCUUUGUCAAAACCACAACAUGUGUCGGCUACGAAAAAAAUUAAAACGGACCAAAAGAGAGUUCAGUUACCAGGCAAUGCUUCUCCAUCCGAGGAUGAAUCUUCUAGAAUUCCUUGCAGAACUGAAAAUAUUUUCCAGACAGAUGAACCCACAAUAUAUAACCCAGUUUCAUCACCUUCCAAUGGAGUGGAGAGUGAUAUUUGUAAAUGUCCAGUUUGUAGCAAGAACAUUUUAUUGACACAUAUUAACCAGCAUUUGGAUGGGUGUCUUGGAAUUACGGACCCUGAACAUCUAGCCGAUGAACCACCACUGGAAGGGCCACCUGUCCCAAUCACAAUUGAUAUAGUGAAAAAGGCCAUCUGCAAGAUGAAGUCGGAUGACCUGGUUAUCAUUGCUGACUCAUUGGACGAAUGUGUCAAGAGGUUCCUGACUUGGAAAGAAGCUAUGGAAAGGAAAGGACUGAGAGUGAAUGCGGGCAAAACCAAGAUCAUGAUCUGCGGUACAGGUCUUGACCUACUUCAGGAUUCAGGCAGCUUCCCAUGUGCUGUCUGUCGUACAGCUGAUGGGAUUGACCUUGCAACCACUACACGUGUGAAGACCGCUUGGAAGAAGUUCAAGGAGCUGCUAUUAGUCCUGACAUCACGCCAUCUGUCAUACAUGACCUGUGGUCGAGUGUAUAACACCUGCGUAUGGAGCACUAUGCUCCAUGUCAGUGAGACCUGGGCACUGACCAAGCCAAAUCUCCAUCGCCUACAGUGCAAUGACAGGGCCAUGAUCAGACACAUCUGCAACAUCAAGCCAGAAGAUAUGGCCAUUGUAGGUUCAUUUGAAUUGCUGGGGCAGCUUGAUGUGAGUAACUGUAAAUCAAUGGAUUGUGUUAUGGUAGACAAGGGUCCAGUCACUCACAAACCACCCCCGUCCAGUGGAUGUCAAAGUUCUCCUCUUUUGGGUCAAGGUAGCCCUACCAAACAGAAUAGAAGUGCCAUAAAGUAUGGGGAACUCAUAAUACUAGGAUAUAAUGGCCAUCUUCCGAGUGGGGAUAAAGGAAGGAAGAAAAGUAAAUUUAUCUUGGGCAAGAGGACUUCAGGAAAUGGAGUCAAACCUUACAGAAAACAUGUGGUUAAAAAUGCACAGGCUGCCAAGGCUCUACAGGACUCGCACUCACACUCUGUGACCUACACCCUGUCACGACAUCAGGCUGUGGUGGUGGAGUAUAAACAAGAUGAAGACACAGACAUGUUUCAGAUUGGGAGGUCUUCAGAGGUCCCAAUUGAUUUUGUUGUCAUGGAUACCAUCCCAGGUCACUUACGAAGCCUUAAUGAUGGGAUAACCCAGAGCACAAUAUCCAGGUUUGCCUGUAGGAUACUAGUGGAAAGAAAUCCUCCAUACACUGCCAGGAUUUAUGCUGCGGGGUUUGACUCGGGGAAAAAUAUUUUUCUUGGGGAAAAGGCAGUCAAAUGGUAUGUAGGAGAAGAAAUUGAUGGGCUGACCACAAAUGGUGUGUUUAUAACAAAACCUCAGGAGGGAUUUUACCCGCCUGGAAAACCUGGAGUUUGGAGAGAAGUGUCAGUAGGGGGCGCUAUCUACCCUCUCCGAGAAUCCAGGUCUGCUCCGCUCAAAACCAACCAGAUAAAGGAUGAAGAUAAUGUGUUACAAGAUGGUACAUUGAUAGACCUUUGUGGUGCUACAUUACUAUGGAGAUCUGCUUUAGGACUUAUUUCUUCUCCGAGUGAACAUGAGUUUGAAUCCCUGGUAGAGACAAUAAAUGCGGGUCGUCCUCAGUGUCCAGUAGGCCUUAACACCCUGGUGUUGCCUAAGAAAGGAACUCUGGGAUUGUCAGACAAACAGCCUUAUGUAUAUUUACAAUGUGGACAUGUUCAUGGACAACACCAGUGGGGGCAGAAGGACGACAAGACUGCUCGAACUUGUCCACUAUGCCUCAAGGAUGGAACCUUCAUCAAGUUAAAGAUGGGGUGUGAGUUGAGUUUUUAUGCCGAUUCAGAUCCACCCACUCACUGUUUCAAUCCCUGUGGACACAUGGCCUCAGAGAAAACAGUCAGAUAUUGGUCUGAACUUCCUGUGCCACACGGUUGUCAAGGUUUCCAUGCUGUUUGUCCAUUCUGUGCCACACCGCUCUGCACAGAAACGGGGUUUAUCAAACUUAUAUUUCAAGAUAACACAGACUGAAUAUAUACUGUGAUAAUAAGUUGUUUAUGAUAUAAGACAAGAUGUUUAUAAUAACUAUCUGGAGAAUGGAAUGAUGUCUCGUUAUACAUUGUAUAUGCACGUGUAUUAGAAAAGAUUUUACCUGAACAAAGAAUAUUUGAUUGAUAUUAGGAAACAUUAUUCAAGUAAAUGAUUUUUAUCAAUAAGUAGCAGAACAAAUGAAAACGAAAGAUAGAAAGGAAUCAAUAUCAUGUUAAACAUUUUUAUAUAUGAUUUCUAAUUAGAGAAGAUCAUGGACGUGGGCAUGAAACUGUUACUGUUUUAAUUAAGAUAAUGGUCUUAUAUAUGUAUUUAGUAUAGUAGUAUUUAGAUAUAUACUAUAAAUCACUUACAUUUUAUGAGAAAUAUAACACCCCCACCCCCAUAUGAUGCCUUUUUGAUGAAAGUAAUAGUGAGUAAUAUUCAAUUAGUUCAUUGCAGUAUAUAUACAAAAAUUAUUGAUGAGAUCCUUACUACUGCAUCAAGGCAAUUUCACAAAUUCUGGGGGAAAUGAAAUUUUCACAAAUAAAAGGUGAUUUAAGGUAUGUAUGGAAUCGCUGUUUUGACAUUUAAGCACAUUUGUUGAAGACAACUGACUGUACUUAAUUUUAGUCCCACUGAUACGGUCACAACACAUUCUGCAGCAUUUUGGGAACAAACACAGUCAUUCCAAAUCUUGCAUACCAGAGUCUUGGGCUACAUUUACCUUAAGGCCUCUGUCACGCCUCUGGACCAGCUCUAUUGAUUUUAUAGAUUGACAUGUGCAAUAGAUGGAUUGCAAAAGGCCAAUGAAAUAUAAAGUUUAAAAAACCUCAUAAAAUCUAGAACUAUGUUGUUUUUAUUGGUAACCAUCAAACUAGUUGAAAAUGAAAAUUGUGGAAAGGCAUGUUCGGUUUAUAUACAUGUAUCUUCAUAAUCCCAUUGUAAAUCUCCAUCAUCUCAAAAUCUGUGACAAAAAAUUAUGUCUACUUGAAAUACUGCUUCAUUGUUGUUAGUGUUAUUUUAAAAUAUGUAAAUCCUAAAAAUGUUUCAUUUUCAUUACAUAUUAAUGUGGCGUAGUGUACUACGAUGUCAGGAAUACAUUGUUUAACAGAACAUCAAUUUUCCUUGUCUUUUCUAAAAAUCAUAAGGGCUGACCGUGAAGCUUGGUGAGGGAUAACCGUAGACCAAGACUCUAGUAUGUGAGAAUUAAAUCUUGUUACGUGCCAGGGAAAAUGUUACUGGUUACUUUUGUUAAAAAGGAGAUGAAAAAAAUACACACUUCUCUGGUUGCAAAGGCCCCAUACUUUUUCAUGGAGGUAUAUGCAUUGAUCAAAUGAUUUGCAUUAUUAAUUUUUGUUUGUUUAAAUUUUUGUGAGUUUUGUAAACUUCACAGGGGACAGGAAAAAACCCCAAGCAGGGAAAGUUAAACUUUGUUGAUUAAGUCAUUCAUGCUACAUAUCACACAAGUUUACAUGUCAUGUAAAUUCAUUUGUCAGCAUAUUUUGGCAUUACAAGGUAAUGCCGUUUUGAUUCAUUUCCCUGAUUUCUAUGUGUUUACUUGGGCAUUGGGCAAUAUAAUGUAUUAACUUUGUUGUUCAUAUUUCUUGCCUUUCAAUUGUCGUUCUUAAUUAGUUAAAUAUACAUUGCUUUAUUGAAUGUCUCAGAUGCUGAUGUCAAGUAUUUUAGAUGACAAAUCCCCAUUUGCUUCUUAUACAUACUUUAAGAUUGUGGUGUUUUUAGGUGAUUUAACAUGUGGUCAGAAUUUGUGUAGAUUGUCUAUGUUUAUUUAGUUCUAAUUUUUUUUAGUAGAUAAAUGUACUGGUGACAUUUAUUUCUAAGUAUAUGUAUACCUCAUCUCAGUUUCUUGUAAUAAUGGGGUAUUUUGUUUUCAGAAAAAAAUAUGUAUUUUUAGAAACUCUGGACGAAAGAAUUGGUUCAUUUAUACAAGAUAGCUUCAAAAGUCUACUGUGCUCUAAUGUGAAACUUUUCUCGUCUCAAAUUCGACUUUGCGCACAUAGAUUUUUUCCUGCAUAAAAAUACAAUGAUCAGAAGUGGUGAUAUGAUUUAUAUACUCAGUUAAUGACAUCGAAGAAAUUUGGAACCACAUUUCAGAACACCAUACUGCACCAAGCUGUAGUGAUAUUUGCAAAAAAAAAACCCCAAAAAACCAACCACCAGAAUACUAUUUAUUGUUGUGCCAAAUUCCUAUAAAUUCUUGCCUAUUGCGAAUUUUGUGAAGUAAACUUGUCCUUUUGCUCUCCCCCCUGCCCUCUUUUGAAAACUGAUGUUACAUGCCUGUAACUUCAUGGAAAAAUAUAUAUUUAUUCAGUUUCCAUAUCAGUAGUUGUCCUUCCUUCCUAGAUUCUGUUGGAAUUUUGGAACCAUUAACAAUGAUCAAUGAAAUAUGUCAGAUAUAUGUUAUUGCAACUUAUUUAAAUAGUACAGCAGAAAACUACAAUUAUUAUUUAACACUUAUUUUUGAUAUAAUUUUCUUUUAAUGGUAUGUGUAUUAACUUUCACAAAAAUAUGUGCAAUUUAAGUAAAUUAUAUUGCACAACAUUUGCUUGUUUUGAAACAGUUCAGACUGAUUCCAGAGUACCUGCACAUAUAUCUAAUGAAAAGUAGAAAGGGAAACUAUAAAUUGUCAAGUCCAUUCAAGAAAAUGCUGGUUACAUAUUCAUUACCAAACGAAAUCACGACAGGAGAUCCAAUUGAAACAAGAAAUCCAUUUAUUGACUGGGUUUUAGAAAUUAUUCCAUGGCAUGUUCAAUUUAUAGAAUAAAACUCGCAAUGAGCAUUUGCCUUUUGAUUGUUACUGUGAAAGUGGUUAUUUAUGUUGGGGGUUAAGUACAUGUUUUUCCACAUCCAACAUUACGCAUGGGGAAAAAAUAUGCUGUAACUAAAUAUAAUAUAUAUUAUAUGAAAUAUUUAUAACUGUGUGUGUGGGAAAUUUAUGCGCUUAUUAUGUGACCGUGAAAUUAGUGUAAAUUUCCCCCACGCGUAAAUAACCACAUUUACAGUAUUCUACAUGUUUGUACAAAGUCAGAGUUAGUCUGAUGUAAAUGUAUCAUUUAUUGUGGUAAAUUUUUGGUUCCUUCGCAGACAAUAUGCAUCUAAUGCAUUGUCAGAGAUGUUGAAUGUGAUUGUUCCAGUCUAAUUUUGAGAUUACAUUAAGUGUAGUGUAAUAUUGAUAUCCCGUAAUCAAAACUCUGUAAAACUAUUACCUGUUCCUAUCAAUGUUUUCUGCUAUGACUAUUUAGAAUUUUUCCUAUUUGGUUUGAAUGUACAAUGUUAUGGAACAGCAAGAUGCAAGAUGAAGGUUGUAAUAAGAAGUGCAGAAAAAAAAACCUUCCAUAAAAAAUAUUCAAGUUUACUUUCCAUAUUCACCUGAAUAUAUAUAUAUAUAUAUUGCUUUGAUGUGAUAUGGUGUCAUAUUUCUUAGUAUUUGCAUAAUCUUAAUCUUAUUGUUAUAUUGAAUAAGGAAAACCCUGCCAGAAUACAUAAUAACUAGUCAGUCAUGAUUAACUGGUCGUUAUCAAUCAUUAUCAUACUCGUCAUGUAUCAUAUAUCCUGCUCUGUUAAUGACAUAACAGAAUAUAUAACUAGUCUUUUCUGUGAGAAACAACCUGCAUCUAAAUGGUAUGCCUGUUUUCCCACCCUGCAUUUUAGCUCACCUGAGCUGAAAGUUCUGAUCAAAAUCUGCCUAAUUUUGUCUAAUGAUUUAAUACUAAGUCUUCACAUUUUUAACUUCUUUUCCAAAACCAUUAGGUCUAGGCACAAAGCAUCCUUGGGUAAACAGAAUUUCAAGUUUGCCCAAAUGGUGAAACAUUUCCCCUUCUAAGGGAAGAUAGUUUUAAGAUAGUGAAAAUAGGGGAAGAUCCUUUUUCAUUUGAUGAACCACUCAACAAGAAAAGAAAAAAAAAAUCUUGCAUGAAAUUUUCCUUAUACAUGCAUAGUGUAAGAAAAUGUGAAACCAGGGGCUAGAAUAGGAUUUAAAGUUUAACAUAGUAAUAUAUGAACAGAAUUUGUUCUCAAGAACCACUAAAGUUCAAUUUGUGGACAUGUGCAAACAUCCUUAUGUAGUGUAAAUUCUAUUUUGUUCUACCCACUGUCACCAAACUUUGGGGUGGGGGGAUGGGGUUGUUGUUGACCAUGAGUAAGGUCCCUGUGGUUCUAUCCAAAACCUUUGGGGCCAGGAUGGAGUCACAUUAAGUGUUAAAAAGAAUUUUUUCUCUCACCAAGAACACAAGGGUACAAUUAGUCACAUUAAAAUGUAAGUAUGCAUCUUCACAUUUUUUGAUAUAUAGUUUCUUUAAGGAUAUAUAUUCUACCUGCUUCUUCAACUUAUUGAAGGCUUGAUUUUGGGAUGAUUAAGAUGACUCGGGUGAGUGUUGUGAUCCUUGGGCAUCUUUUUAGGUCACCUGAGUCGCUCAGGUUACCUGUUGUUAUUGGUCAGCGUCCGUCGUGGUGUGUCACAGUCAUUAUAUGUGUUAACAAUUAAACGUUUUAACUUUUCAAUAACUGCCAUUCCAAUUCUUUUCAAAUUUAGUAUGAAGCAUCUUUGGGACAAGAAAUUGUGAUUUUCAGGACUCCUGCGCCCUUGGGGUCGGGGCAAAAUCUGGCAAGAAUUGACCAGUUUUCAAAAAUCUUCUUAUCUGCAAAUGCACAUGUGUAAGUAAAACUAAAUGCAUAGCCGUGUAGAGCAGGAAAGUCUCUACCAAAAUUGGAAAUUUCAUGAUUUCCGGGGUAGAGGUUUUGACUCCAGGGUGUGGCCAAACUUGGUAUAUAGUGUUAAUGUGUAAAAUAUUUAAGUAACAUCUUCUUUAAUGCUAUUGAUAUUAAAUUGAAGCUAAAUGGAUAUUUAAAAGGAAUAGGUAGCCCUUUACCAAAAUUGUAAAUUUCAUUUUCCUUGGGGUAAGGGUUUUGGUUCCAGGGUGGGGCCAAAAUUUUCAUAUGUCUUUAUUAUUUGAAAGACUUCUUUAACUUUGCUGAUAUUGUAUAAAAAACUAAAUGCAUAUUAAGGAAAAAAAAGAAAAAGAUGUACCAAAACUGUGAAUUUCACAACCCGAGGGUUCUAACUCUAGGGCGGGUCCAAACUAGUCAUAUUGUGUUAAGAUAACUUACUUUAUGUAAAAUGGUCAUUUUCAGGAGCAUUUGUGUUUUAAGAACACAUCUUGUUUUAAACUGCCACUGAAUACUAGAAUUAGAAUUUAAAACUUAGAAAUUAUAGAUUUCAUAGCCAUUGGGGCUAGUGAUACUUUUAACUAAUACUCAGAUGACCGAUAAGGCUGCGGGCCUCUUGUUUGGAAAAGCAUGCCUUUUACUUUUUUGAUCUGAUAUACUGAUAAAUACACACAUAAUUAUAUUGCACUGUAGAUAUUUUAGGCAAGGUAGUUUUGCCUUGAGAUGAUAUAUAAAGUAAGAGAAAAUUUUUUAUGAUAGACAUGCGCAUAAUUAUAUACAGGCAUGAUAAUUAAUAUGAUAUUUUCAAAUUCAACAGUAUUUGUGAAACAAAUGGACAGGCAGAGAUAUUCAGUUGGUCAUGCAGGACAUUAUUGUGAUGGUAAAGUAUUAAAGCAAUAGAUAUUUGUUCUGCAGAAAUUAAGAAUUAAUUUUUGUUGACGAUAGUUUGGCAAAGGGGCCAGGUGCUUGUUUGCCUAAAUACACAGGACAUAUCACAACCCAUCACCUGUUGCCCAGCAUGGCCAUCUGCUCUGUAUGUUAGCAUUUACUAUGAACUGUGAUACAGCUGUAUUCAGAUUCCAUGAAGUAUGUACAUGUACAAAAGUAUUAUUAUAUCUCUAUGCUGAUGUAUUAUUUACUGAAAAUCAAUAACACCUACUCACAUGGAGAACAAAGAAAUCUGCACAUAGAAUUUGUUAAAGUAAUGGAGAAAUUAUUAAUUAAAAGCACAGAGAAUUUUA